AUGGCCCCAAUCGACCCGGAGGAUUCCACGCGUGACAAAUUUAGGAGAGAACUCGCUUGGAUCACUAAAUAUAACGACCAUUACUUAUGGUUAUACAAUUCGCCUCUUGAGAUGAAUGAGCAGGCCAUUUGGUUUGACACGGCAGACGGGCGAUAUGCAUUUGUCGGUAGUGCUGAGACCAUCGCAUUCACUCCUCAGUACCCUGCUCAAGAAUAA